AAUAUAGAUACAGAUUACACUUUACAGAGAUAGAGAGAGAGUGAAAGCAACAGACUAAAAGAGAGACCCAACAGUUCAAGGCCGUGUUUUCGAGUGCGUUUCCUUGGAAUCCAAGAAUUUAUUUUGAGCAAAAUAAAUCGAAAUUGAAAAACAAAAAACAGAAUUCCUAAAUUCAAUUUAAUGUAGGACCGUGAAAGUCGUACAAUACUAAAUAUAUAUCAUGAUUAUCACUGGAAACUGAAACUUCAGAGCAAAGCCUAAACCUGAAGACUCUCCAAUGGCGGCUGACUUUGAAGAACGCAACCGAAGAGGCAAACGCAAAAGGGAUCAGACUCGUCCUAAACUCCUUUCUGGGGAGAAAGUUGAGGUGAGGUCUUUGGAAGAAGGGUUCCUGGGUUCAUGGCAUGCUGGUGAGGUGAUUCGCUGUGAGAAAUCGUUUCGUCAUGUGCAAUAUGAUCACAUUCUAUGUGAUGAUGAAUCUGCUAGUUUGAUUGAAUUUGUGUGUGUCAGUCCCUUGAUUGAUGGUGUCAAAUCUGCUCAACGGGAGCCAAAUAACAGUCGUGGUGUGAUAAGGCCUUUGCCACCUUCGAUUGGUUUCACAAAAUCUAGUCUUCGGUAUGGACAAUGUGUGGAUUCUUUUAUUGAGGAUGCGUGGUGGGAAGGUGUGAUUUUUGACCACGAAGAUGGUUCUGAGGAGCGGAAGAUUUUCUUUCCUGAUCAGGGUGAUGAUAUGAUGGUCCGUGUUGGCAACUUGCGGAUAACUCAAGACUGGGAUGAGCUUACUGAAGAAUGGAAGCCUCGAGAUAACUGGGGUUUUCUUGAAAUAAUCGAUGAAGUCAAGCAAGAGUGGCCCCUUUUUGUCUCAGUAAAGCAAAUUUGGUAUGAAGUGGGGGAGAAGAAUGGAAAAAACGGCCAAAAGGAGUGGACGUUUUCUGUUACAGAUUAUUGGAGGAAAUUGGUAUCCCAAGUAAUGCUUGAGAAUUUAAAGUUCAGUGUCGAUCAAUUCUUAGGAUUAUUGAACUCCUCAGAACGCUUUGUACAGGAAGGACCGCUCUUGGAAUUUUCUGAAUCUGUUCUCAACGCCGUGCUGAAACCAGAAACAUAUAUUAAUGAUUUGCUUGCCCUCGUACCCUUUACCAAAUCUUCUAGCAAAGUAGAAGACGGUCAUCAUAUUGUUGAAAACGAAGUGGUUCUAGACGGUCUUGUCCCGAGCAUAGGAGAGGUUGAGGUCGGGUUUAGUGGUAAGAAUGUGGAUACCCAACUCAUCCCGAGCCAUGAUGAAACGCAAUCCUUGCCACUUCACACGCUUCCAUUUUCAUCUCAUAGUGAAAUUGGAGCACCCGGGAGUUCGGUGGAUGAUUAUGGAGAAACAUUUCCUUGUACGACUUCCAAGGUGCCGAGUGAGAAGCUCAAAUCUUCUAGAAAGAGAAAGAGUACCGUGGAGUGGCUUCCCUUGGCUCUUGAAGCGGAGUUUUGCCCCGAUGCAAUUAUUCAGUUCCAAAGAAAGUUCAAGCUGAGCCGUCGAAAAGCAGUCUUACAUUCGAAAGUAAGGCAACAUCUUUUAUAUCUGGGCUGGAAAAUCGAGUGCGUAAAGGAUAGUGAAAUUACUAGGUUACGAUAUUUUUCACCUUCUGGGAAGUUAUAUAUGUCACUUUCUCAAGCGUGUAAUGAGUUUGAAACCGCAUCAGAAUCUCUUUCUAUGGUUCCCGUGACAAGAAGGCAGGAUGUCUCUCCCGAUAGCUCACUCGAUAUUACAUUGGGCAGCUCACCCGAUGGGUUCACCUCAUGCCCCCCGCCUUCCUUAGAAGUCGUCAUUGAUCCUGAAUACUGCCCUCAAGCAGUGAAUGAUUAUGUGUUGUGUCAAAAAGAAAAUGCCAUUCGCUCUAAAAAGGAAAUAGCACGGCUCGCUUAUGAAGCUAAGAAGCAUCUAGUUUUUAGCGGAUGGAAAGUCUUUAAUUAUUGGGGGCGAGGCAAGAAUCAAUUUCGUUAUGUGUCUCCUACCAGAAAAGUAUUUUAUUCACUUCUAACAUCUUGCAAUUGGUAUUUUGAAGAAAGUGCGUCCUGUCCUGAUACUUUUCCCACAGAAAACGGGCAGAGGACCAGUCAAUCGAGAACGAAGAGAAAGCUUUCUUUCCAUGAAUCUAGGGGUUCGAUUGAAGAAGGAGAGGUUGCAGAUACCAAAUCUUCACCCCGUGUGCUAAGAUCAAGUAAAAGAGCUAGGCAGGCCGCUCUUUCUUCCUCUCAUCAGACACCUCGCACCAUUUUAUCUUGGUUGAUCGACAAUAAUGUGGUUCUUCCUGAGACAAUUGUGCGAUAUUGUGGAAGGAAAGAUGACCCCCCAUUGAAGGAGGGGAAAAUAACUCGGGAUGGAAUCAAAUGCAACUGCUGCCAGAACGUUUAUAGCCUUAGCAACUUCGAAAUCCAUGCAGGAAGCACUAAUCACCGGCCUUCGGCAAAUAUCUUUUUGGAAGAUGGAAGAUCGUUACUUCAGUGCCAGUUGGAGAUGAAACACAAAAGUAGCGUGAAAAACUCAAAGACAGAACCCCGUAUGGUGCAAGGGAGUCGACAUCUUAACCAAAAUGACCAUAUAUGCUCUAUCUGUCGCGAUGGUGGUGAUUUAAUUCUAUGUGAUCGGUGCCCAUCCUCAUUUCAUGCUAGUUGCCUUGGUAUGAAGGUUAUUCCGGAUGGCGACUGGUUCUGCCCGUCAUGCUGUUGUGGAAUCUGUGGCCAGAGUGGGUUCGAUAAAAGCAAUGACCAAUUCGCAGAUAAUAACAUUCUCUGCUGUUAUCAGUGCGGGCAUCAAUAUCAUUAUCGGUGCAUUGGAGAUGAGAGUUCAGAGCCGGACAAUUAUCCUAAAGGAAAUUGGUUUUGCAAUACAAGAUGUGAACAGAUUUUUUUGGGACUUCGUCAGCUGUUGGGUAAACCAAUUCCAGUGGGCACUGAUAAGCUAACUUGGACAUUGCUGAAAAAUCCGAAUGAUUCUUAUUACGGUGCCCCUGAUGAUGAGUCUAUGGCAGAGAAUUAUGGCAAACUUAGCGUUGCUCUUAGCGUGAUGCAUGAGUGUUUUGAGCCCGUCAAAGAAUCUCGAACCCGGAGGGAUCUCAUGAAAGACGUUAUCUUUAGUAGAUGGUCUGAAUUGAACCGGCUAAAUUUUCAAGGAUUCUAUACUGUGGUUUUGGAGAAAAACGAUGAGCUGAUUACUGUGGCUACUGUAAGGGUCCAUGACGAGAAAGUCGCUGAAAUACCUCUUGUUGCCACGAGGUUUCAAUAUCGACGACAUGGGAUGUGUAGAAUUCUGAUGAACGAGCUUGAGAAGCAACUUGUGGAAUUAGGAGUAGAAAGGCUAGUUUUGCCGGCUGUUUCCAGUGCAUUGGACACGUGGACCACAUCGUUUGGUUUCAAAGAGAUGAAAGAUUCCGAGAGAUUGAACUUCUUGAAAUACACAUUCCUUGAUUUCCACGGCACAAUCAUGUGUCAAAAGUUGUUGACAAACGUCCCAUCCAUCGACUCGAGUGUAUCAGCAGCAGAAGCAGAUCAGCAGUCUUUCGACCAUAACAAUAACGGUAAUGCUGACUUGGAUGGGAAUAUCACAAUCUCCGAGGUCUUCCAAGGCGAAGAACUUAACGGGAGCGAAACUGUCGACCAAGCAUCGUUGGAGCCAAGCGGAGGAGGAUCUAGUGCCAACAACGACAGCGCCCCAGCUCCUCUAGUUCUCGAGUUCAAAUCAACGCUUCCUCUCUGCUCAGAUAAAGCGACGUUGGAUUACUCGGCCACAAGCGCUGAGCAGAAGGAAGACGAGACGUUCAAAUGCUACCAGCGCAGGAGAACGCUGCAGCCUGUGGAAGCUAAGCUGGCGUAACGAGUUUGCAGCAGAGAAUUUGGAUAUGAAUAUUGUUGAUGAGGUUGAGAAGAGGGGGGAUGACAACACUGAGGAGGCUGUGAAGUGGGG